AUGGCGGACCCUAUGCCCGAAAAGAAGGUCAAGUUGGAGCCACAAAUCAAGUCCGUCGAUAUGAGCGAGGACAUGCAACAAGAGGCCAUCGAAGUCGCACAAGAGGCGAUGGAGAAAUUCACUGUCGAGAAGGACAUCGCACAACAUAUCAAGCGAGAGGUAGAUCCUUGUUAG